UCGACGCGAAGAAAAUCAUCAAUUAAAAUGGCGCCACUUUCCAAUUACUACAUUUGGAAUAGACUAUUGCCAUUGAGUUAUCUGAGACAUCAGCAAGGUAUUCGGCUAGUGCACCUUGUAGGUCUAUUCGUGUGUUUUGUGGCGUUUUUUUUAUAUUUGACCGUGUUUUUUAACUGGAAAGUCGUUUCCGUUUGGUCAAGUGAACGGUUCAACAUCAGUCGAGUUCAGCAGAAAGUAUCGAUUGAUACAAAAGUUGAUCUCAGUAAAUGUUGUGUGUCUCCCGGUAGUUGGAAAGAUAUUUGCGGCCAAUCCAAUUGCACUUUGACAUCGUGUCCAGCAGCAGCAGCAGCAUCUCCUCAGACUUUAAAUCAGCAGUUGAAGCCCGACAGACACAACGCCUUUUUCCUGGAGACAUCCGGCAACGGCGAAUUUCUGACCAUCCGCCAGGCCUGUGCCGUCGAGUCACUAGCCUUUCACAAUCCAAAUCUGACCGUCAACGUCCUUUUCAUGAUGGACAACGCAUCAACAACACACAGCAGUAGGCCUAAUGGAAUCAAUCAAAGCAAAGUGCUGCCAGCCGAAACCAAUCUCGAUAAAUUAAAGGAGAAAUACAACAACAUUGAGUUCAUAACUCUCAAUUUGGACGACUACGUUGCCGGGACUCUGCUGGAGAAAUGGUAUCACUGCAACGACUGGAGGAAAGGGCAGUAUCACGUCGCCCAUCUCAGCGAUGGACUCCGUCUUUUGACGCUGCACAAAUUUGGCGGAUAUUAUUUCGAUCUGGAUAUCAUCUUUGUGAGACGAGUCACUUACUACCAUAACUUUGUUUCUGCAGAAGCGAGUAACAGUUUGUGCAACAACGCCAUUCAUGUCGACUAUGGGCAUCCAGUUAUACAAUUGGCUGUUAGAGAUUUCCCCUUGCAUUACAGGAAAGAAGCGUGGACGCACAACGGACCCGAUUUGUUGAUGCGAGUCAUGAAGACAUUUUGCGGGGAGGAGAACCUCAGCAAGAUGUAUUAUGUCACUUGCCGAGGGUUCAACGUCUUACCCAUGUUGACGUUCAAUUCCUUACACUACAGCAAAUGGAAAGACUUAUUCAGACAAAGGCCAACCAAUGAGACUCGAGCACCGAGUUGGAUCAGCAAAGAAAUCGUCGGUGUCCACAUUUGGAACAAGCUCAGCUACAACGAAACGGCCUACAAGAACUCGACACAGGAAUACGUCCGACUGGUCAGGGACAAUUGCCCCGUCAUCUUCUCCAUUGCACCCGAAACUUUUUAA